UGGCAGACAGUUUUCCAAAAUGUGUAAAAAUUGUGGAUUACAACUACUCCGAUUUGUGUUUUUAGCCGUCUGUGUUAUCAUUUCGAUUCUAGCUGUGGUACUCAUAGUACUGACUUGUAUGUACAUAAAUCCCGACAAGUUAAUUUUCGACGAGUAUUUGAGCGCUGUUUGUAUUGUUGGACUUACAGUGUCAUUUUUUGUCCUACUGGACACCAUAAUCUUAGGAACUUUUUGUGGAAAUUACAAAAAGUACCCGAAAUUUCUCAAAGUGUACGCUUACUCUGUUUUCGGUUUCGCUCCCGUCUGCCUUAUCAUAGGUAUGAUAGCUGUGGUUGUAAGUAACCACAAAGUCAAGACAACGGUUAAAGAUCUAUUUGACCAUUUCUCGAGGAAUGUGACUGAAGAUGUGGACUAUAUCCAACAAACGUACGAGUGCUGUGGACGUGAUGGUAAUUUUCAAUGGACCACUCCGCCUCUCGAAAGUUGUUGCUCAUCCAAGUCGUGCAAAGAGGAUGAAAAAUACGCGAGAGGUUGCAUCAAUGCAGUUUCAGAUCAGUUUAGAAGGUACAGAGAAUUAGUCGGUAUUUUUGUGCUAUGUCUGCUUGUUUGGAUUACUCUUGCUGGUAUAAUGGCGGUUUAUACAAGCAGUGUGAUCAAAAAAGAGUAAUGUUGCACUUUCGACCAAUAGGGAC